GCUCUCAUAAGAUUAUAGAGUUAUACGGUAUAGCGAUAGUAAGAGUAAGUAAGUACUUACUAUCAGAUACUGGAUAUGAUAUUUGAGUUAGAUACUUACACCGUCCUACAUCGGUUUGCACGUGUGUGCUUGCAAUUGUUGUUUUGGAAUAAUUCUGAUUUAUUUGCUGGGUAACACAAUUUAGCGGACUUGGUGUUAAAGACGUGUCGUUCAGUGAAAUGCCCUAUGAUCGUUUAAUUUUUUUAAAAAAAUCCAUUGUGUGUAUUAUACUUUGAGGGAGUUAUUGUAUUGUCUCUAGCAUCAUUUUUAUUCUACAUGUGUAUAGUUGUGAAUGAUAUUUAUUUAAUAUUCCUUCUUUAAGAAGAGAAUAUUCUCUACAUUCACCGUGGCAAAAAUGAAAUUUAAGGCUGACUUAAAUACUGACGGGAUGUACAGUCGGGGGAAGCCAGACUACAUGAUAACAGAGACUAUCGUAAAUAUCUGUACGACAUUUACAUGAUUGUCAAAGGAAAUCUAAGUAAGCAAUCUAAUUAGUCCAGGGCCCCUCUGGAUAUCAGCCUCGUCGCUAAAUGGGCCACCCUGGCUGAAUGAAGUUUACCUUUACCUUUACCUGAGCACAGAUCUAGAACAAAGGGAACGAUUUCAUAAUCUCUGCCACUCUGGGAGAAGGCUUUCUUUCUGAGAAUAUACUGAGCCCCUGCACGUCCAAGAACUUCUUGACACCGGAGUGACUAGGAUCAUGGGCAGCAAUACGCCACUUAUUCCAGCGGAGAGCCCUAGCGGAUCAAUGGCAAAGAUGCAAGUAAACAUUGAGAUGGACCAUGUAACCAAGGAAGAGGAUCAUCCAAAACUUAGAUUUGUACAGCCCAAUAGGAAAGUAGGAAACGAUAAUGGCGACGGGGUCAGCGACAGCGACGACGACAGCGUCGGCGAUGACAAGGGCAAUGAUGAUAACAAUGGCAAAGGCGACGUCGACGGUGAUGGUGACGAUGAUGGCAACAGGAAUGGUCAUGCCAAUGCUCAUGGCAAUGCAAAGGAAAGUCUAAUAAAAAUCAUAGAAAGAGGAAAUGUUGAUGAGAUCAAACAGGAACUGACACCAAAAGCUAUGGCAAAGUGUGGCAGAAACGCGCUACUUGUUGCAAUGGAGGUAUGUCGAGGGAAUUUAUCACAAUGUAUGGAUAUGAACAGCAAACUUACUUUUAGUUUUACAUACAGCGAUCUUUGUGUAGAAUAACCAUUUUCAACCGAACCGUUUUUAACCCAUGCAUUUACCUGGGCCGGACUGUUGAAAGCCCGGUUAAGCUUACUUAGGAUUAGAGAGAAAUUUGAUUUCAGUUCUUUAACUUUUCGUUGAGGUUUUCUCCAUGUCUAUUUUGUUUGUCCUUCAUUUUUGAGCUUGAGUAAUCUUACGCUAGACAAACCGUAAAAAAUGAAACACAGUUUUAUUUAAGACAAAUCACUACUACCUGAGUUAGUGUUAACCAGCUUUCGAACAAUUCGGCCGCGGGUGAAGAGAGACGUACCGUGUGAUUUGGAGUGAAGUGUGUUACACGGGACGAUUAUCCCGAUCGGAGCACGAACCCACGGAACCGCUCGAUCCGGUAGUCAACGCUCCUCCACUGUACAAAUAAUACAGUGUAAAACACUUUGAAUGCUUAAUUAUGAGGAAAGACGAUGGUGCUUCCAAAAACAGCUGAAUCCAAGGAUGUGAAUAAGCAUGCUAAAUUGUACAACUUUGAGUAACCGAACUUUUUUGACGAUCAAUUUUGAAUUCGCUAAUACUCGUAUACAGGCCCUCAAAUGAUCCCGGCCCGCAAAUGACCCCCAAAUUGUACGGCAAAUGAUCCCAGGACUGAAACUUAUUCCACCGCAAAAAGUUAGGAAUGAGGUGGACUCCAUGAAAAGUCUAUG